CUCGUCCCCUCCGAGCUCGCUCAUGCUCCAAGCAACGCUUCGCCACCCCGUCCGGCUUGCUGAGCUGAGUAGUAAUGGCCCCAAUACCGAACUCCAGCUACUUUCCCUCUCUGGAGAGAUGUCUGAACGGAGACCUGCUGGUCGUCUCCUGGAAGACCGUCUACUCUGCCAUUACGAGCGACAUCGAAAUUGGAACCGACCAUCGAGCUGUGAUCGAGCGUUUUCUAUCGGAUCCAGAGGUCGUACAACUGUUGGCUCGCCCAUUUGACGCCUACCCUCCGCCCUCUACCCAAAGCAAAGCUACCUUCGAGACGAAAACCUCAGCAAUCAAUGUAACACCCUCAUCGAGUGCGAAGUAUGACAUCAAAGAGAUCAAGGAGGACUCGCUGUGGUUGAGUAAAGUAGCUAAGCUCGACGAAGUGUCAGCCUUGCGACUGGUGACCGAAGAGUGCCAGUUUCGAACAUCUGCGCAGCUUCUGGCCCAGUUUUCGGAAGAGGAGCUAGCAAGCAUAAGAGAUGCUGCCGGAAACAGCCAGUAUUCAAGCUCAAUACCUCUUUCUCUCCUGGUACAAGGUCUGGACCCAGAAGCUAUUCAACAGCAAUUUGCACGAAAAGACAGAAGGAAACAGCGCAUUCUACGAACAUACUUCUCUGAACGGCGGUAUCUUCUAAAGACUUCCGAGCGACUGCUUGAUGCUGCCUUUCUACAUCAAGCUAAAGAGCAAAAUGCCGCUGACAGGGGCAAAGGCAAGGGUAAAGCGGUGGAAUUGGAGCCAUCAUGGCAAGCCAACUGUGGCAUAGCGAUUGCCUCCCAGCAGGAUAUGGCCAAUCCCCAAUCUUUCAUCUUACGAUGUAUUCACGCAAUUGGCGCAACUCUGAAAAAGCUCGAGGAAAGGAGCGGAUGGUCUGAUCUAGAUGGUGAAAGGGGAGACAUCGAGAUCGAGUGGAUACGUAGUCAAUUCACCGAGGCUACACAUGCUAUGGAACUGCUAUGGCAGUUUAUCGUAAAUGCCAUGGGCAUUCCAAUCGGUCGAGCUGUCUUGGAGUGGUUCCGUCUUCAACAAUCCUACGGUUUUUUCAACAGUUUCGAAUCGGACGAGCCAUCUAUCCAAGCGUCAUUCCAUCAAUUUAGAUCAAUCGCCACUAUAGUAUCGCUGGGGAUGUUGAAUCUUCCCACUACUCUCGAUCGGGUGGCCGAGCCAACGAGUACCGAGGACGUCUCGUCUGAAACCUCCAUCGAUGAAGCGUUCCUCUUGAACCCCAGGACAGUCACUGAAAUUCAAGAGAUAUUCCUGCAGGCUGCAGAUACGGGCUUUGAGACAGUUGGUCCUGCUCUCCUGGCGUGGGGUUUGAUCCUACGAGAGCUGAAUAUCAGGGUUGAGAGGAAGAAAGCAGCCAACCAAAUCGAUGCUGAGUCUUACAACCCUCGAUCAUCUAGUGAUUCGGAAAUUGCUAUGGUACCUGAUCCUUACGAGCAGACCUUGGAAGAGAUAAAGGGCGUCCUCGACGAAGACCCCAUUGACUUUCUUGCCCGCAGAGCUGUCAAUAGCUGUCGUGUCUUUCAAACAAUCGCAACCCUCUCCUUGCAGCUAGGAAACACAUCGACAGGACUUUUCUCAAACUCUGUUUCAGCAAAAAUGCGCAUGUACCUUUUGGAUCUCAUCAAAAACAGUACUAUAGUCGGCUACAUCCCUGAGAUCAUCGAGGCGACGCUUGCAACUUUGACCGGCAAUGAGAGCUAUUGGGAUAUCUUGGAUUCGAAACCUAUUGAUGUGGAGAAUGAUCCAGUCGCGAUGUUUUUGACAGACGACGUGCUCGUCAAUGGUCUUCUGAAAAACUCACAAUUUAGAUAUCCUUGGGAGGCGCUCCCAUUUUUGCAGAUGAUCCGCGCUUUAGCAUCCUGUUCAUCCUGUUAUGACAACGAGAAUUCUAACUCAGCACUAAUAUUUCUGGAAUCGAUUCCCAUGUUCACCUAUACGAUGCCGGCGGACUUUGAUGGCUACGAGACCGUGCAAGAAGAAGAGAACGCCAACAACAUUCGUCUAACACAACCAGUAAUGCUCUUCGAGCCUCGCUUAAAAGGUUUCAGAAAUUUUGGCGGACAAAAUCGAUUGCUGGCGGUGGCAAGAGUUGACGAGGACUUCUGCAUCUCGGCCGGAACUCACGGGCGCAUCAUAUCCGAGUCUGGACCCAAGGUCGCUUUCUGGUACCACCAAUAUCAUGGACUGAAGUACUUUGGAAAACUAUUGGAGACGUUCCUAGCUGCGAGCGCCGAAGUCGAUGCCACAACACAUCAGCCCGUCGACCGUGAUUCAGUCAGCGAAAUCAUUGGAAUUAUUGCAACUCUGCUCCUGAGCAUUUCCAGAUCUGCCCACGACAAUCCAAAUUCUAUUGAGGACGCUCGUAAGAUUUUAGAAAUUGCCAGCUCCGGACUCAAUCGAAAUCGCGAUGUCAUAUCUGUCAUAUUUGAUAUCUUCGAAGAAGAGCUGCAGAACCUAUCAGCUUGUUCUGGAUCCGAUGUUCCAUUGCAGAUUCUUGUUAGCUGCAUUCAUUUCAUCCAUGCAACGACCCCUAUCUCACCAGGACGCGUGUGGCCUCUCAUGUCGAGAACUGCGCUCCUUGCCGUUAGCCGGGGCAAAGGGAAAUUACCAAGCAUUGUUGAAAGUGUAGAGCUCCUCUCCGGAAGAUAUGAGUUCCUGAUAUCUUGCUGCCGUCUAUAUGAAUCACUUGUAGAAGAUUUCGCUUCCAAUGCAAUCCGAAGAAGAAGCAGGGCUAAAUCUUCAGCAAGAUUGAAUGACGGCGAUGAGGACGUCAGUACAGGGAUACCUGACCUGGUGCUUGCCAAAAUUCUGCUUUCGUUUACUCGCUACCUAGUCGAUGUUCUCGAAAGCUCGCCCGGCUGGAAAUACGCAGAACAAGGCGACCGACAACGGAUUUGCGAAAUCAUUAGUCGCACGUACAAUAAAGUGCUUGAAUACGCGUAUGGUAUCGAAACCUCAAUAGACACGAAGGAAGAGGAGCCGCCAACUAAGAUAAAUCGGCUCCUCAAGUCUGUUGAGUCGCCAAAGAAGAAGGAAAACCUCACCAAGAUUAUGGAGCCUUUGAUGCCGUCGGCACUGCUUCUAGUUGAGAGUUUCUUGUCUGCUUCUUCUGGUACCCUACGAUUUCAGCCUUUACUACGCUCGUACUACGAUGGUCUUGAGACCCCCGAUAUGGCCAUCUUGCCGAAUCUUCUGAACUUAUGGACGGCACAAGUCAACGCUGUCCUUUCUUUCUCAAAGACACUGCUGCGAGUCAGUGCAAUGCUUGGACGACCACCUUCUCAACUGGAAAACCAGUUGUUCAAGGUUUCGUCACUCAUUGCACGUUUAUAUGUUGUGAACGAUACGUAUCGGACCUCUGUCGUUAAGCUUUUUGAAUCAUUGAUUGUCACAGCGUCCAACAAUACUUCGGAGCCGCCCUCUCUCCUUGGCCACCUGGGUCCACAGACGGCAAAGAACUUCCUGCAUGUUUUAUCAGAUCUUGAUAAGCCUCUGUCACGGGACGAAAAUGUCAGAAGCAUUUGGGACUUCUUAUCUAAAGUUGUGAGCAGCAGGCAACAAUGGUUCGCCAAUUAUCUCCUGACAGGUAAAACGCCCAGGGAAGCGCUCACAGCGAAGACAUCUGGAAAGGAGUUGGCCGCUCUCGAUAAGCCUCUUCUUACAACCGCCCUAGAAGCACUGACCGGUAUCAACGAGCUUGCUAAGACUGAAGCACUACCUAUGCUUCAGUUUGUCACGCUAGCGCAGAACUUUUGGCCAUGGACUGUCUGCAAUUCGCCGAAGUAUGGAGACUUCAUCAAGGCCAUCUCCAAUUUUGUUGGCCACUUCAAACCGAUACAGCAGUCGACAAAUCUCGAAGUCGCUAUUGACGCCUGUCACCAGACCCGUAUUGCGGCUUAUGUUGCCGAGAUUCUUGCAAUGCAUCUGUUCCAUGCAAGACAGACCGGAAUUCCCACAUCUAUACCUGAACUGUUACCGAACUUGUCGUAUUUCACCAGGUUUGCCGUCGGAAUCCCAAACUAUAAUAACUCGCUACAUGCUCUCCUAAAACAAAAUUUCGAAACUCGAUAUCCUGGCUGCACACUACGAGAUUUGAAACGAACUACCCUGGAGGAGCAUCAGUAUGGGAAGGGAUAUUUCUACAAUCUACAACUUGCCAAUAAGAUGCUAUCUAUGAGUGAAGCUUGGACGGGACGCAGCGACAAUGGCCUCCGAGCUGAACUUGCAAAUGCAAACGUCAACUUGUCACUCGUCGACGCGCAUAUCGCACUCUUCCACAGUUGGAGAUAUCUUUCGAUUGAACUGAGCGGCAACGCAGGAAAUCAAGACCUCCAAAAACUAUUGACAAAAGUGGUGGCUGACUGCCUCACUGCUAAUAUGAGACCCCAACCUCCAGAAGAGAUCUUCUCGCGGUUAUUACAAACCAGAGUAGACUUUGGUAUUGUCCUCACUCAACGUUUGAUUCAAGCAAACUCGACAGUGCCGGAGAUGCAAGGUCUUCUUGGUACUGCCUGGGACGCUAUUCGAGCUCUCAGAGGUUCAUUCGACCGAGCCGUACCGGAUGCUGAUAUUCUCUAUUACAGAUCGCUUCUCAAGCUUCUGUUCCUGACGAUUCGCAUUCACGCCGAAGCUAAACAACAAGACAUGGCAAGGAACUUGCGUGCAUCUAAGAGAAUCGCUCAAGCGUCCUCCAUUGGACCCGUCAUCAUGGAGAUCGUGAACAACGUUGUCGCUGUAGGAAUCCGCGAAAUUGCAUCGGUAAUCCACGAGUCCCCCGCCGAUUCCUCUCCCGAAGACUUCGCCCUUAUCACCGGCAUCUUGCAAUCCUGCCUCCGUAUCCCUGGCAUCGAGCUUUGUCAAUCUCAAAUCGUCAACGUGCUCACACAAGCGGGCGUCCCUCGGCUAGUCGUAACCCUCUUCUCCUGGUCCGAUAGUCUUGCUAUCCAUGGCGACCCGAUCUAUGGAGAGCUAAGCAUGCUCUUCCUGCUCGAGCUCUCCUCCAUGCCUUUAAUGGCCGAGCAGCUUGCCAUCGACGGCGUUUUAGGCCACCUUGCAUCCGCGAACAUCACCUCCUACCUCCGGAGCGGAAAAGUCGGUCCUUUCGCGGAAUCGGCAGGCCUGCAACGCUGCUACAGCAUCUGGGCACGAGGCAUCCUUCCAUUCCUGCUCAAUCUCCUAGAUGCAGUGCAAGCCUCUAUUGCCACCGAAGUCUCUCUUUUCCUCGCACAAUUUUCUAACCUGGUUAAACAAUCCGAACAGUCUCUAGAUGCUCCGGAAACGAAUCGCAUCAUCCCUCAAGGAACGGUCAGAUACAUCACCCUCACGAUCUGCUCGGAAACGCAUUCUAUGGCCCUUGUCACAUUUAUCCUGAACGGGUUCCGCGAGGCGUUGAAGGGAACGACGGAUAUCCCGGAGGUGAAAUGGGAUGCUAGCGGCGUUUUGGAAAAUGUCGAGUUUUGGCUUAGCAGUAGGGCGCUAUUGAAAGACAGGCUACUACCGAUGGGAGAGCGGGAAAUGGAGAUGAGGAGAAAGGGCGGGCCGGCGGUCAGUGAAUUGGAGAAGAAGGUGUUGAGUGAGUUGGAAGGCAUCAAGGAGGUUCUCAAUGGCGGCGAGAAUGGCUCUUGAUCCUUCGCGCUUCUAUAUCUGCAUUUCGGGCGUUUGGGACAGAGUGUUAUGGAUGAACAAGAAAAGAAUGAGGCUUUGAUUAUAUUGUGCUUUGAAGGGAGAUGAAUGAUAGUAGAUAGAUACCAUGAAUCGAGAAUGAUUCCAAGACUUG